AUGCUUCGAUUAAACUUAGUUAACGCCAACCAAUUCGUUAUUUUAGAUUCAAGCGAGUUAUUGAAUCCUUCUAAAUUUCGUUGCGAAGGAAGUCUUGGGCUGAUUUUCGAACAUAGAUUGCCGAUAUUCUCUUUUCAUUGUUUCGAAGCCAAAGCAGAAUGGUUCAAUCAAUUUUUGAGUGAGACAAGUCCUUUGGAUUCCGUUGCAUUCUGCAAAGGACACCUCAGUGAAAAAAAAGUUAAGAAUCUCCAUAAAACUGCACUCACAAAGAUCAAACAAGCAGGAGCUGAUGUGCAAGCAGUCUAUGUAGGACUAUGUCCAUGCAACUGCUCUUCUUACUGUUCCAGUAAUGCUAACUUCUUGCCUAGAACAUGCCUCUCUAAUGUAGCAUUUGAAAUUGUUUUUCUGAAUUCGACAACCUCCAGUUCUCCAAAAGUGAGUGCGGCAGCUGAGAAAGAGAAUACGGCAACGGAGAGAAAGAGUACAGAGACCGAGAAGAAGCUCCCAUUUUUAUCGAGUGGUACGCAUGUUCCUAUUCAGGAAACAAGCAAAAUAUCGCAGGAAACAUCCACACCUACUCAAGAAACAGAUCAGACGACCACAACAUCACUCCCUGUGCAUGGUCAAGGAGUGUCGUUCAAAUCAACGACUCACACACCUCGCAGUAAAACAACGUUUUUGAACUUUCCUGAUCCGUACACGUCUACCACUCUUCAGACAGUGAGAACUACAGAUUCACAAAGGGAUUCCAGUACGUCAACGAAGUACCAAACAAAAUUUACUCACAACUAUGCGGAAAUAAUUGCUACUACCAUGUCGAGGAAUCUCGACACUUCUUUCGUAAUGCUGAACACAUCGGAUGCAGAAACGAUAAAGAUUCCCUUUGCUUCUUCUGAGGUAUCUAUUAAGACUCGAACAUCACCGCUGUCAAAACUGACGAUUUUGAGCACAACUGAAAAUGAUAAAUCAGCCGAUAAUGAAUUUUUAUCACCGGCAGGCAGCGGUGCAGCAUUAAAUGUUUCAAGAACGACAAUUUCGCAGCGAUCUUCCAACAUUUUUUCCCAAGGAGACGUGACGACGGUGGAAACGUCAGCAAAAACUACAGAGGAAAAGGAUCAAGCCACAGAUUCCGGGCUUAAAACAUCUCAAAGUACAGUAGGUGUAUCAGAGAUUUCGAGUACGAUUACCUCGCAACAAUCUUCUGAUUGUCUUAGUCAAGAGGUCACGACAACCGUGAGUAAGCCAGCAAAAACUACAGAGGAAAAGGAUCAAGCCACAGAUUCCGGGCUUAAAACAUCUCAAAGUGCAGUAGGUGCAUCAGAGAUUUCGAGUAUCAUUACCUCGCAACAAUCUUCCGAUAUUCGUGGUCAACAGGACACCACAACCGUGGGGAAGCCAACAAGGACUACAAGGGAAGAAGAUCAAACAGUAGACUACGGAUCUACAGUAUUGCAAAGUAGUGUUGGUGCAAUAAAGACUUCAGGUACGAGUACUUCGCAUUCCAACAUUCAUGGCCAAGAAGACACAACAACCGUGGAAAAGCUAGCAAAAAUUACAAAGGAACUGACGGAAACAGCAGAUUACGGAUUUACAACAUUGCAAAGUAGUGCUGAUGCAUACAUAAAAGUUUCAGGUACGAGUACUCCGCAGCGAUCUUCCAUUACUUAUAACCAAGAAGAUUUGACAACGGUGGAGGAACUACCAAGGAGUACGGAAGAAACCUCGUACACUUUUAAAAGCAUCACGUUUGAUGCGCUUUCUGACUCGUUUGCUACCAUCGCUUCUUCAGCUGGAGAUGAGGAAGGAAGUGUACAUGGUUUCGAAAGAACAUUGGAAUCCACGAGAGUACGUCAAAAAAGUAUUGAAACGACGAUGUCAGAAGAAAGUAUUUCUACCUCAAUGUUCAACUAUUCAAGUUCAGAAAGUACCAUCUUUUCAAAUGUUUCGAUGGCGAUGACAAGAGCUGGAGAGUCAGAAACCUCUACAGCCUCACUAGUUUCUGUCUCUGGAAUUUCGGACCAUGAAUCCUCUGAUCAUCAGCUCACAUCUGGGAGCAGCCAUAGAACAUCAACCACAAAAAUAUUGUUGAAGCAAACUACUGUUCUCCACGAGGAUUCUUCAGCACAGGCAAAUCAAGAACCAGAAAUUUCGAUGUCUCUUGAAAAAGAAAGCAGUACUGGUGGUCACAUUUCUCGCAGUGCUAGUGAAACACAGGAGGUUAGCUAUUCAUCUACCAAACGAACAGAGGGUAAGUAUUCAAAAAAUGAGUUCCUACUUUAUACUGACAUCGACACUGGAACUUCCAGCGGCAUAAGCGAAGAAUAUAAUAACACGAGCAAAUAUAAAAGCACACCUAAAAAAAAAGGUAGUAGUGAGAGCAUCGGACCACCAGAACUGAGUGAAACACGAUCAAACAUCAAAGUAGUAACCAGCACAACUGCGUACGAAAGUUUUUCGACUGCGAGUGGCAGUGCGGGGAGCAGCGAAACAGUGAAACCAAGCGAAAAACAAUCAGGUAUCAGAACAACAAUUGGCACAAACAAGUACCAGGACACUUUUCCUGCAAAUAACAGUACUGGGAGCACUGGAGCAGCAAAACUGAAUGAAACACGAUCGAAUACGGAAGCAGCAGUUAGCAUAACCAAGAACCAAAGGACGCAUACUACAAAUAAUAAUGACGGAAGAGUUGAAGCAGAUCAGGAUACUGAAUCAUCCAGAUUUACUUCUCCGGCAGUGUUCACUUCUUCAAGAAAGAAAUUUCUAACUGACGUUUCUAGCGAAAUCAUCAAUACGGUCAAAGCCGACUUCGAAACCACCAGUGAUAAGUUGGAGAUCCCAGAUAUCCCGUAUAACGCAUCAUCGACUACACUGAGCAAACAAUUCCCUUCCAAACCGACGACAAGAGAAGUGGCUUUGUUCUCGUCUUCGACUUGGUCAUCGAGCAAAGCUAAAAGCGAUUUGCCGCCUACUUCGACACCAUUAGUUUUGCUGAACUGGACCUCUGCAUUAGUGAGAGAACGCCAUUCCACGAAGUUCUUCGAGUCCUCAUCAGCAUCGCAACCGAACGCAACGCUGUUCGGUAAUAAAAUAGAAACACUGGCAUCCAAACUGACAAGUGCAGCCACAAAUGCGAAAAGUGGGAAUACCACUCCAGCAUACCAUACGUUCAACGAACUCAGCACUUUAUCACUAGCCAACGCGGAUAAUCUGGAAAUCGGUGAGAGUACGGAAUUAUUCAAAACAAACAAAAAACCAAGUUUUGACAUAGUGUAUCGGACAACGCUAGCGACAGAGACGUCAACAGUUAUGAAGAGGGAUCAGAAUAUUGCUAUCGCAUUCUUUCGUCACUUGAUUCAUCGACAUAUCGAAAGGUUUUGUGUGGAAAGACAUACAACGGAAGAAGCACUGCUUACUUUAUCAUCCAAUUCUCCUGACGAUUUUUUUCUCAAAAUAUACAAUCACAAUUUUUGUAAAAUCUGCUUCUACGAGAUCAAGCUUGGUCGAAGUCCCGCUCGAACCGCCCGAAACAUUUUUGCAGUAUUGGGCAAGAGAAUUGACGACGAAUACACGGCCCUGAAAAACUGUCAAAGUGAUGAUGAUAGCGAUCUAGCUGAUGAAAGAGACUUCGGAGAUCCGGAAGUUGUAAAGCUAAUACGCACCAGAAGCCCAUCUACAAUUCUGUUCUUCGUGAAUGAGCAUGACUCUGAAAUGAUCAAGAAGAACAGAACUGUUCGAAUUGUUUCAAUCGAAGGAUCUACAAACUUCGCUCUGGCGGUGAAUAGAACUGCUGGACUAAGCGAAACUAUCGAGGAUGUGAACGCUUUGUGCAGAAAAACAAAGUACUGCAAUGAAAUGCAAUGCAACCUCGACGACUUUGUAUUCUAUGGGAUAAGCACUAAACUUAUACUGCCAUCAAACUAUAAAAAAUUGGACAUUGGACAAAGUUUGAAUGUUUCUUGUGCAGAACAAAACAGCAGCAAAGUCAUCGAGGUGACAUGUGGAGAGAGAGGCACACUGCAACCGUAUCCACCGUCCAUCAUCUGCAGUGUUGAUGAUUCUGACGGCAAGGAACUAAAAGAUGCGGAAGUUCCAAUGAACAACGAAAUACGCAAAUCAUGUGACGAAUGCAAUCAAAUCGGGACCGAUAGAUGUGAAGAAGUGGAAGGAGGGUUUAUGUGCUUUUGCAAGCCCAACUGGAGUGGCGCCGUUUGUUGGAUUUCUCCUAACCAGUGUGAAAUUCAGCAACUUCAAUGCGGUCACAACGGCACCUGCUUUUCGGAGGUUGAUCGGGCUUAUUGCUGGUGCGAUGAAGGGUAUGCCGGCGUUCACUGCGAAGUAUCAAAGGCUAAUUUGUCUCUUCUUGGGCCUGCUGAAGGUUCCGUUGAUGCUGCGGUGACUGGAAGUGCAGUAGCGCUCUCAACUACUGAGAUCCUAUUGAUGGUAGGAAAAGGAUUACUCCUUCUAUAUUGUCCAAAAGAAGGACAGGACACACAAGUAUUCUAUCAAAAUUUGCGCUCCUUGGUAAUCUCAGUUGCGGGCCUUGUGGUUCUUCUGUUCCAUCAUCCAGGACUUCUCGACAUCUCUCCUUUUUACUGUAGCUUAUGGUUUUGCAUGGUUACAAUCCUCUAUUCACUAGGAAUUGGCUUUUUCGCACUGGAAGCUCGUAAUGUGUACGAGGUAGCGCAAGUAAAGAAAAGGAAUAGCUGGGACGAUUUUCUGGGAAGAACAGCAUUUGGAGCUCCCAAAAUAGCGGUGGGUAACUACUAA